CAUUAAUCGACCAGAAUUAUUAGUGGACGGGAGUUGUGUAUUCACUUAUUGUAGCAUAGACUUAAGGUUAUUCCUAAUUCACAAUCCUAAAACGCAGCCUUACCCUGCAGGUUUUCCACCCCCGUCCUUUCCUUCUCCUCCUUAUCUUUCCUUUCACUCCUCUUUCUCUCCACGAAAGUCCACUCUUUUUGACAUCAGUCUUCCAAACAAUCCUUUUGCGAUCGUCAACAAGUGCGUCUGGUCUACGCGCGUCCACACUCUUUCUAGUCUACCUAUAAUACACACUCCUUCACAGCAAACCGUAACCAUGCGUUCUUUCAUUAUCGCGGCCGCCGCGGCCGCCUCCGCCUUCCUCCCUACUACCGUGCUGGCGCAGACUUUCACCAAAUGCAAUGCCCUCAAUGAGACAGGAUGCCCCAACAUGCCGGCUCUCGGCGGCAAUGCCACCUUCAACUUCAACGAUACCUUGUACAACAAGAUCUGGACUAAGCAGAACCAAGGAAAGGUCGACUGGAGCGAGAAGGGAGCAAGAUUCACUAUCGAGCGCCGCGGCGACUCGCCCAUGAUCCAAUCCAAGUUCUACAUGCUCUUCGGCCGUCUGGAGGUCGUCAUGAAGGCCGCUCCCGGCCAGGGAAUCGUUUCCAGUGCCAUUCUUCAAUCCGAGGUUCUUGACGAGAUCGACUGGGAGUUCCUUGGAUCGAACAACACCCACGUACUGACCAACUACUUUGGCAAGGGCAACACCACCGACUACACUCGCGGCAAGGACUACAAGAUGGCACCUCCGCAGGAGGAAUUCCACAACUACACCAUUGAUUGGACUAAGGAGCGCAUUCAGUGGUGGGUUGACGGCAACAUGUUGCGCGAACUUAAGCCCGAAGAGGCCCUCAAUGGAUUCAACUACCCCCAAACCCCAAUGAACAUUCGUCUGGGAGCCUGGAGCGGUGGUGAUGUCGAGAACAACCACAUCGAGACAGUGAAAUGGGCUGGUGGUGAGACCGACUUUAGCAAGGCUCCUUUCACCAUGACUGUGCAGACCGUUUACGCCCACGAUUACACUACCGCAAAGGAGUACUCUUGGGAAAACAUGGACGCCAGUGGCAGCUGGGAGAAGGUCAAGGUCAUUGAGGGUAAAUCCGAACUCCUCCAAGAGUACCAGAAGCCCUCUGGCGUUCGCAACCGCUGGGCAGCUCUCUCCAAGGGUGCCCAGAUCGCCAUCAUUGCCUCCAUCAUUGGUUUCGUCGUGAUUGUCGCCGCCAUUGUCCUAUUCUACUUCAUCAAGCAACGUCGCGCAGGUGCACGCGAGUACAAGGCCCAUUUGGCCGAGGCAGACAAGGAGGCGGCCGAGAACCUCCAGUACAAGCAGUACCAGCAACAAACCCCAGGCGGCAAGUUCGGCUACAACAGGUUGUAAGGGGUUUGACUUCAGCAUGGAAGGUGUUUCCAUGUACGAGGUCGACCGAUGAGGGAAGAGAUGACCGGGCGUCCAUGUUUCAGAGCCUCCGCUAAGCGCCUUGCUCGACUUUUUAAGCAUAACGAUCCUGACCAUCCUUCGGGAGCAAUAAGAUGUGGAGGUUAAUAGUCGACAGAUUGUGGGGGACCUUCCGCACUGGGGACAGCCUGCUGCUUCAACUGAUGCCAUGAUUUUCAAUAUACCCGCUCGAGAGCGGCAAUACCCUGUGUUUAGUGUUUUUAAUCGCGACUGGCUUGAAGCCAGUCGCUGUAUAUGGACAUGAUUUCCUUUUCGUUAUCAGAUUCUUUUUCAAUCAUCUCAA